UGGCUAAAGAUGGAAUUUUUUUUGCUUCAAAAUCUUCGAGAAACAAAAGGAAACGAUGCCUUGGUGUUUUUUUUGAGCGGCAGAAUUGGUUGAAGGGUAAAAAAUUAAUUCGUCGACAGUGUGAGCUGCCCGUCGUUGAUGAGAGCCUGGCCCAG